AUGUCGGACGAGUUUGAGACGAUCAUUACGAAGAUCCGGCACGAGGACGACUCGGAGGCGCACAAGAUCCUGCGUUCCUUCCUCGGCAACCAGCACAAGCACGCCGGCGAGAAGAAGGAUGUCACGCCAGGCUUGCAGGCGCCGGGCGCGACAGGCGUCAUCUACUGCUCGGACCGCGCGGCCGCCAACGGGUUCACCAACAACGAGGACCCCGAGUGGGCUAACCUCGGACAGGGCGCUCCGGAGGUCGGCGACCUUCCCGGCGGCCCGGAGCGACCCAAGGGAAUCGACUUUACGCAGUUUGGCAUUGAUAUCCACGAGUACGCGCCGACUACAGGCGUCAAGGAGCUCCGAGAGGCCGUCGCCAACCUGUAUAACGUCGAGUACCGCCAGAAUAGCGAGAGCAAGUACACGUUCGAGAACGUCUGUAUUGUGCCUGGUGGACGUGCCGGGCUGUCGCGCGUGGCGGCCGUGAUCGGGGAUGUGUACACUGGCUACCAGAUCCCCGAGUACACGUCGUACAGCGAAGUGCUCGGUGUGUUCAAGCGCCUUAUUCCCGUGCCCUCGGCACUCAAGGCCGAGGACAACUACCGGCUCAACAUCGAUCAGCUGCGGAACGACAUUAGACUCAUGUCGUUGCAUGUCAUUGUCGCGUCAAACCCCCGAAACCCGACAGGCCAGGUGAUUGACGGCGAGGAGCUCAAGGAACUCGUGCGCCUCGGCGACGGGCAGACGACCAUCGUCCUCGACGAGUUCUACUCGUGGUAUCAAUACAACGGGGAAGAGGGCAAGAGUGUCAGCGGGGCGCAGUACGUCGAUGACGUGAACAAGGACUCGGUGGUGAUCAUCGACGGGCUCACGAAGGGCUUCCGCCUGCCGGGCUGGCGCGUGUGCUGGGUCGUCGGCCCGAAGCCGCUCAUCAGCGCCAUCUCCCAGUCCGGUUCUUUCCUGGAUGGCGGCGCGAACCACCCUCUCCAGAUGGCCGCCAUCCCGCUGCUCGACCCCGAGCGCGUCAAGCAGGACCGCCUAGCGCUGCAGCGCGCGUUCAAGAAGAAGCGCGACCACGUGCUCGCGCGACUCGCCGCCAUGGGUCUCGAAGUCAAGGUGCCCCCGCAGGCGACGUUCUACAUUUGGCUCGACCUCGAGGCCCUCGGGGCGCCGCUGCACGACGGCCUUACCUUCUUCGAGGAGUUGCUCAAGGAGAAGUGUAUCGUCGUGCCGGGCAUCUUCUUCGACAUUAACCCAUCGCACCGCCGCAACCUCCUUGACUCGCCGUGCCGCCAUUUCGUGCGCCUCUCGUUCGGGCCACGCAUGGAAGUGCUGGACCGCGGGCUGGACGCGAUCGAGCGCGUGCUCAAGAAUCACCGCCAGAGCGGAACUGCAGGCACCGGGUGA